CUGCUGACCAGCGAGACCAGUCUGGUUGUCAAGUUAUCAGAGGACAUUUACCCCAUUGACCUACAUUGGCUCCCCAAGACCGUUGGUGGCAAGAAACCAAACCAGACUGAGAUCUUUGUCCUUACCAGCACCGAUGGGAAGUACCACCUGACCACCAAGAUGGGGCGCGUCGAGAAGAGUGUAGAGGCACACAAGGGAGCUGUUUUGGCUGGAAGAUGGAACUACGAUGGAACUGCUCUUGUUACGGCCGGAGAGGAUGGGCAGAUCAAGAUCUGGUCAAAAAGCGGGAUGCUACGUUCAACACUAGCCAGCCAAGGGUCUCCUGUGUACUCUGUGGCCUGGGGUCCAGACUCGGACAGAGUCCUCUACACGUCAGGAAGACAACUAGUCAUCAAGCCGUUGCAACCCAGCGCCAAAGUCAUACAGUGGAAGGCUCACGAUGGGAUUGUCCUAAAAGUGGACUGGAAUUCAGUUAAUGAAGUCAUACUGUCAGGUGGAGAAGACUGUAAAUAUAAGGUAUGGGACAGCUUUGGUCGUCCGCUUUACUCCUCGUCCUCUCAUGACUACCCGGUCACAUCUUUGUCGUGGGCUCCAGACGGAGAGGUGUUCGCCAUGGGCUCCUUCAACACCCUGCGGCUCUGUGACAAGACUGGAUGGUCCUACGCAUUGGAGAAGCCCAACACGGGGAGUGUGUUCAGCUUGGCCUGGUCCGCAGACGGCACACAGCUGGCCGGGGCCUGUGGCAACGGGCAGGUCAUCUUUGCCCACGUGGUGGAGCAGCAUUGGGAGUGGAAGAACUUUGUGAUCACCCUUACCAAGCGGAGAACCAUGCAGGUCAGGAAUGUGAUGAACGAUGCAUUGGACGUACUCGAGUUCCGAGAUCGAGUUAUCAAAACCUCCCUGGCAUACGGUCACCUUGUGGUCGCCACUUCCCUCCAGUGCUAUGUCUACAACUCAAGGAACUGGAAUACUCCGCUCAUCUUUGACCUGAAGGAGGGAACAGUGAGCCUCAUCCUGCAAGCAGAGAAACAUUUUCUGCUCGUGGAUGGAGCAGGGUUGUAUACGUUCUCCUACGAGGGAAGAUUGAUUUCCUCCCCCAAGUUCCCUGGUAUGAGAGCCGACAUCCUAAAUGCCACGAGUGUUUCCCUAAGUAAUGACAGCAUCGCCAUCCGGGACAAGAGUGAUGAAAAAGUCAUCUUUCUCUUCGACGCCCUGACCGGGAAACCCCUUGGCGACGGCAAGCCCCUGACUCACAAGCUGGAGGUGGUAGAGGUAGCUCUGGACAAGUGUGGCCCAUCCACUGAGAGGAAGAUUGCCCUGAUAGACAAGAACCGUGACCUCUACUUGACCUCCGUGCGUCACCUUGGGCGGGAACCCAAAAUCUGCAAAAUUGGUAGCAUGGUCCACAGUAUGGCUUGGAAUGACGCUGCCAACAUCCUGUGUGGAAUCCAAGACAACCUGUUCACAGUGUGGUACUACCCGAGUGUCGUCUUCACUGACAAGGAACUGCUGCCAAAAACGCUGCUCACAAAGGAUGGCAGUGAGUUCAGCCGUGCACCCCACGUUCUGGGCUAUGUGGGCACCAAGGUGACGUUACGCCAAGGGGACGGUUCACUGGUUUACAGCAGCGUGCCUCCAUACCCAGCCCUCCUGCACGAAUACAGCACCACUGCACGCUGGGAGGACGCCCUGCGCCUCUGCCGCUUUGCCAAGGACCAAUCUCUGUGGGCGUGUCUUGCUGCUAUGGCGAUGGCCAACAGGGAGCUGACCACAGCGGAGAUGGCCUACGCCGCCAUUGGGGAGUUACCGAGGGUGCAGUACAUCAACUUCAUAAAGGAGCAGCCAUCUAAGGAGUCGUCCUUGGCCCACAUCCUGAUGUUCAGCGGUCAGAUCCAGGAGGCUGAGGCCACACUGUUACAAGCUGGUCUCAUCUACCAAGCCAUACGAGUCAGCAUUGACCUUUUCAACUGGGAAAGGGCAUUGGAGCUGGCGGUUAAACACAAGACACAUGUAGACACUGUGCUGGCCUAUAGAGGGAAGUUCCUGCAGAAAUUUGGCAGGAAGGAGACAAACAAGAGAUUCUUGCAGUACGCUGAAGGGGUCGAGGUUGACUGGGAGAAAAUCCAGGCCAAGAUCGAUAUGGAAUUGGCUAAAGAGAGGGAGAAAGCUGCGAACACCUCCAUGAGAAGCAGCGUGGCCUCCCGGCGUUAACGAAACAUCGGCAGAAAGUGUGAAACCAACUGCUUGCCAUGCAGCUCCACCCCCUGGCUGGCAGAGGGCCAGUACAUCAGCGGACCGUUAUAUCCUAUCCAUCUCGCCAAGUGGGACCCAGGUGGGACGAAUGAGGGAGAAUAUCUGUCUCGGGAAUCAACAACUGCUCAGCUAUGUCAAGAUGAUGUGGACAGAAAGGGUGCAAAUUGAUCGGCAAGAUCGCUGGAACUGUGAGUGGCCUCAGAUGAGACAUCACGUCAAAUGAGAGACUCUUUUUUUUCUUCUAGCUACUUGCCCGAGGCUCUCCCUGGCUUACCGUUCUGCUCUUAUUUUACUCCCUGUAUACGCCUUCUUCGGAGCCGAUAAUGCCUGUGUGAAAAAACACAGUGGGCUAGACCAACGCCAUUAUUCUAUGAAAAGACUUAUCAGGUGUCAGGUUUCACAUGCAUUACCGCUGAGAGAGGCCACACACCCUGAAGAAUAUAGAGAAAUAAUAGAAAUGAGUGCUAUGUUCAUACUGGCUCUUUCACUUUACAUUGCGUAUCGUAUCUUAGUAACGUGUGUAGGAAAUGUAUUUAGAUUUCCUGUGUUGUGUUUUCUACACUUUUUAGAAUCUGUUUUAUCUACUGAACAAAAAACUGACUAUAGCAUUUCAUGUUUUUUUCACGAUGCACAAAAGGCCAAAUGGAUACUUAUUAAACUAUGUAGCUUAAUAUUCAAUGACUUGCAAGUUCUCAUAUUGGAUUUAUGACCCAACAAUGCAGCUCUCCUAAAAAUACACUUCCAGAAUAUAAUGUAGAAUUUAUGAGGAGGAUAAUGCCCAUUGAUUUGACCUUUUUAGUGGAUCCAUUCUUUGGUCCAGCGAGCCAUAAAACAACUUGGCUCAUUGACGCACAAUCUGAUGUGGUUUGUGAGUGUGUAUUUGUGCGUCUCUGUGUAUGUUUGUACACAUCCAUUUGGAUUUGUAAUGCGGAUUUUAGACAAAUAAAUCACGGUCCUGACCCCUUGCAA